GCUCUCUUCCUCCCAACCAAAAUGUCGGGCAUUAAUCCAGGAGACGAAAAACUUGUAUUUGAAUCGUCAGAGGCGGUUUCAGUCGUCUCGACAUUCGAUGAACUCAAUCUGAAGGAAGACCUUUUGCGUGGGGUCUAUGCUUAUAACUUUGAAAAGCCUUCUGCUAUCCAACAGCGCGCAAUUCGUCCCAUAACACAAGGCCGAGACGUCAUCGCUCAAGCACAAUCUGGAACAGGUAAAACUGCGACUUUCUCUAUCUCCAUCCUCCAGUCUAUCGAUGUCUCCGUUCGGGAAACGCAAGCGCUGGUUUUAUCUCCCACUCGCGAAUUGGCGACACAGAUUCAGUCUGUUGUACUUGCUCUAGGUGAUUAUAUGAACGUUCAGUGUCAUGCAUGCAUUGGUGGCACAUCCAUCGGGGAAGACAUCAGAAAGUUGGAAUAUGGCCAGCAUGUCGUUUCCGGCACUCCUGGCCGUGUAUUCGAUAUGAUUCGAAGGAGGGCUUUGCGGACGCGGAAUAUCAAAAUGCUGGUUCUCGACGAAGCCGAUGAACUGUUAAACAAGGGCUUCAAAGACCAAAUAUAUGACGUAUAUCGUUACCUUCCUCCUGCGACACAGGUUGUACUUCUGAGUGCGACCUUACCAUAUGAUGUCCUGGAGAUGACCACAAAAUUCAUGACCGAUCCCAUCCGUAUCCUCGUAAAGCGUGAUGAAUUGACACUGGAAGGCAUCAAGCAGUUUUUCGUCGCUGUGGAGAAGGAAGAUUGGAAGUUCGAUACGCUAUGUGACUUAUAUGAUACGCUGACGAUAACGCAAGCGGUUAUAUUCUGUAAUACGCGCAGAAAGGUGGAUUGGUUGACAGAGAAGAUGCGUGCUGCAAAUUUCACAGUAUCUUCAAUGCACGGUGAAAUGGUACAAAAGGAGCGGGAUGCUAUCAUGGCGGAGUUCCGUGGCGGAACAUCUCGCGUACUGAUUACGACGGACGUUUGGGCACGUGGUAUCGACGUACAACAAGUCUCUCUUGUUAUCAACUACGAUCUUCCAGCCAAUCGUGAGAAUUAUAUUCACAGGAUUGGUCGGUCAGGCCGGUUUGGAAGGAAGGGUGUUGCCAUCAACUUUGUUACUGUGGACGACGUUCGUAUCCUGCGCGACAUAGAACAAUUCUACAGUACACAGAUUGACGAAAUGCCAGUCAAUGCGGCAGAGCUAAUUUAAAUGGCACGACCCUUUUAUGGCACCUGUCUUGCAGAACCAGUAUACUAUCCGGUAGAUAACUUGACAGCGCAGUCGACCCUUGCCAUUUUUGUAUUUUAUACACUUCCUCUUCGUAUUGCGCUAUUUCUGUAUGUUGUUUAUUCUUAGCUUUAGUUAUUUAGUCAAGCAUGUGCCGAAAAGUAAAACGAUACAUUACUCUACAGUACAUGUAGCAGCCUGAACAGCACUCGCUAUAGUACCCAUCACUCAAGAUGAAUGUGUUGCUGGAAAUGGACCGCUCGAGACACGGGCCCGAGAACUGCUUCGCGGGCUUCCCUA